CCUGGGCAGCGGCGCCGCGGGGGCUGCCGGGAGCGGGGCGGACCGCGGCUGGCGGACCCGCCGGAGCCGGCCCAGCGCUCUGGCCCCAUCUCACGGCCAGAGCUGCUUCAGGGAGAAACAGAGGGGAAUUGGGGCGUGGAGCCACUCCCUGUGUCUGAGCCUGGGAAAUCACAGAGGGAAGCUAGGAGACCCACACUGAGCCUGGAAAGUCCUGGAUCGUGGUCGUGGAGAAGCCCAGGAGAUCACAGACAGAGCUGGAGCGAUCACAGGCUGCGAGUGCAGAUCGCGCCUGGGAGAUUGUGGACUGAACCCGGGACGUCCUGGAUCGCAGUCACAGCGCAAGCUCGGAUAAUCACGCAUUGAGCUGGGGCAGCUGUGAACUGCGACCAUAGCAAGCCCAGAAAUCCCAGCUUGAGCCCAGACGAUCCCAACUCAAACCCAAGCAAUCCCAGAGGAGCCUGGGCAACUGCGGUGUGAUCCCAGACGAUUCCAGAGGAGCCUGGGCAACAGCAGCUUGAUUCCAAGCGAUCCCGGAGAAGCCCGGGCAGCUGCGGCUCGAUCCCAGGCGAUCCGGCGGGGGCCAUGGCAGCGCCGGGCGCGCUGGGUCGCUACAGCCAUGCAGUGGUGCGGGCGCUGCCCGAGGUGCCGGGGGCUGCAGGCCCAGGAGGGCCGCUGGACCUGGCCAAGGCGCAGCGGCAGCUCGGCGUCUUCACGGGAAUCCUGCGGCAGCCGCUGGGGCUGCAGGUGGUGGCGCUGCCGCCAGCGGCCCCCUGCGCGGUGCUGCUGGAGGACCUGGCCGUGCUGCAGGGCGACACUGCGCUGCUCACCCGGCCCUGGGAGCCCGCCCGGCGCGACGAGUUGGGCAGUGUCCGGGCAGUGCUGGAGGAGCUACGGCUGCGUGUGGUGGCGGUGACGGACGAGGGGGCAACGCUGGACGGCAGCGACGUCCUCUUCACUGGCCGCGAAUUCUUUGUGGGCAUCUCCCGCUGGACCAACCACCGCGGUGCUGAGAUGGUUGCCGACACUUUCCGGGACUUCGCAGUCUCCACGGUGCCAGUGGGGGGCGGGGGGCACCUGAAGAGCUUCUGCAGCAUGGCCGCCCCCGACACCAUCGCUAUCGGCAGCAGUGAGGCCGCCCGGCAUGCCAUGAAGGCCAUGGAGCAGCUCUCGGAUCACGGCUACGGGCGGCUCUCGGUGCCCGACGACCCGGCCGGCAACUGCCUCUUCGCCCGCCUGGGCGCCGGCGGCUGCGCCCUGGUGCACCGCAGCCCCGAGGAGUUCCCGCAGAGCCUGCAGCCCUUCCAGAAGCUGCCGGGCUGCACGCUGGUGCCAGCGUCCUGCUCCGAGGUGGCCAAGCUGGGGGGGGCCCUCAGCUCCUGCGCCCUCCUGGUGAACACCCGCCCCGAGGCCUGAGGGGCCGCCCCACGGCCACCGGGAACCCCCCGCGGCCACAGCCCAGCCCACGACCACCGGGACCCCCACCCCCGCGGCCACGGCGCGGCCCACGACCACCGGGACCCCCACCCCCGCAGCCACGGCAUGACCCAUGGCCACUGGGACCCCUGUGGCCACAGCACAACUCACAACUGGGACACCCCCCCCCCCCCCCGGUGGCCAUGGGGAGUCCCACAGUGGGAUCCACAGCCACCAGGACUCGCCACGGCCACCAUGAGCCCCAUGGCCACCAACCCCCCCCCCCCCCAAUGGCCAUGGUGGGACCCAUGGCAGGACCCACGGUAACCGGGACAACCCCCCCCCCCACCCAUGGCAGGAACCACAGCCACCAGGACCCCUCCCAACAACCAAUGGGAGCCUCACAGCAAUCAGGACACACGCACACACACACACACCCCACCCCACUCACACACUCCUGCAGCCAUGGGGAGCCCCAUGGUGUGACCCCCCCCCCCCAACAAGGCUCCUCCUGCACUUCCUCAACAACCUCCCGACAAUUUGUGGAGCACAGAACAGCCCCCCCCCGGGGGCCCUGCAGUGACACCCCCCCCAGCCAACCCAGGAUUUGUGGUAUCCAGGACCCCACCAUUGAUCCCCACUGACUCCACGGAGGGGAGGACCCCUCCCCCCCAAAAUGUUGGGAUCCCUGGGGGAGAGGAGCAUGCUCCCACCCCAAGUAAUCUCCAUGGCAGUGUAAUUUGGGGGGGGGGGGGGCAACACAUAGCAGCCUCUUAGCCUGGGAGACCUCCCCACACACACUUCAUUAUUUUUAGCUUCAUUUGUUAAUAAACGCCUUAAACUGC